AUGGCCACAACUAAGGUCUACAUAGUGUAUUACUCCUUGUAUGGGCAUGUGGAGCAUAUGGCACGAGAAAUUCAACGAGGAGCCAACUCGGUUCAAGGAGUUGAAGCAACACUAUGGCAGGUACCUGAGACGCUCCAUAAUCAAGUAUUAGAAAAGAUGAAGGCUCCUUCUAAAGCAAAUGAUGUGCGAGAGAUCAAGCCGGAACAACUUUUGGAAGCUGAUGGCUUUAUCUUUGGUUCUCCUUCUCGUUUUGGCAUGAUGGCAGCCCAAUUCAAGGCCUUCUUUGAUGCCAGCCAUGAGUUAUGGGCAUCACAAGCACUAGCUGGUAAACCUGCUGGAGUGUUCUGGAGCACUGGUUUCCAUGGGGGAGGUCAGGAGCUUACCGCAUUAACAUUCAUUACACAGUUGGCACAUCAUGGAAUGAUAUUUGUCCCUCUUGGCUACACUUUUGGUAAUGGGAUGUUUGAGAUGGAGCAGGUGAAGGGUGGAUCUUGCUAUGGUUCUGGAACAUAUGCAGGAGGUGGGUCUCGUCAGCCAACAGAGCUAGAAUUUCAACAGGCCUUUUAUCAGGGCAAGUAUGUGGCUGAAAUUGCAAAAAAGCUCAAAAUUCAGCUCAUUCCAGCAUAA